GCGUAUGACGCUUGAGAGCGUGGACGCCAUGAUAAACCUGGCACACAUUAGAAAUCGAAUGAGAACAUAAGAAAGACAUAACAGAAUUCUCGUAAGGUGCCUUCUUGACUUAAAAAGUUUGUUCCUGUUUGAGAUCCUUAUCUUAAUUUCGGAGUGUAGUGGGGGAGCUUUGAAGAAAGUUGGAGGAAGGAGACUGAAGAGAGUUUACCGCCAUGUCUUCAGCUUCUGCCCAUGUUGAUUCCAAAGCAGAGCUGUCCUCCUUGCUGGAGACCUGGGAAAAGGAGCAACAUGGCAACGUGCAGGAUAUAAUACCAAUUCUUUCAAAAAUUUCUGAGUUGAUAGAAAAGGAAACUGAAGAAUAUCAUAAGGGUGAUCCUGAUCCGUUUGAUGACCGGCAUCCAGGUCGCGCAGACCCUGAAUGUAUGCUAGGCCAUCUAUUAAAAAUUCUUUUCAAGAAUGAAGACUUUAUGAGUGCACUUAUAAAUACAUAUGUAAUGACAAGCAGAGUUGUCUCUCUGAACACAGCUGCUUGUCGCCUUCUACAGAAUAUAAUGCCUGGGCUUGAAGCUUCUGUUGUCUUUCAAGAAAAGGAGGGAAUUGUUGAAAAACUUUUUAAAUGGGCACGAGAAGCAGAACAGCCUUUGAGAACUUAUGCCACAGGGCUACUAGCUGGAGCUAUGGAGAAUCAAGAUAUAGCAACCAACUGCAGGGAAGAGAACUUACUGUUGGUCCCACUUAUGCUACAGCGAUUACGAGAACUUCAGGAGAGAGACAUGGAAUGCAAGCAAGAGUUCAAACGUCCAAGCCCCAGAAAGAUGCUUGGUGAACCCUUGCUUCCUUUGGAUGAAGAAGCUGUAGAUAUUGGUUUUGGAGAACCAUCACUGAUUGAAAACAAGGAAGACCCCGAAGAACAUGAUGUGUCAUUUCAUCUUAAUUCCACUCAUCAAACUAGCAGCAGAGUCAAUUCAGCCAAUAAAACUGCUCAUGAUGAAAGUGAUGGCAAAAAAGAGAAAAUUGAAAAAAAAAUUGAGAAAGAUGGAAUAAGGAAAGCAAAACAGAAAUUGAACUUUUCUCUACCAGAGCCUGACAGGGUGUUUAAUGAAUUGUCUAAUAGUAGCUGGUCUGAAAUGUCUCCAUGGGUUAUUGGUACGAACUAUCACCUUUAUCCUUUAACUCCUGCUAUAGAGCAGAGGUUUAUUCUCCAGUAUCUCACGCCAUUGGGCGAGUACCAAGAGUUGCUAGCUGUAUUUAUGCAACUUGGUGCUCGGGAGCUGUUAAUGUAUUAUAUUGAUCUAAAGCAAACCAAUGAUGUCCAGCUUACCUUUGAAGCAUUAAAGUAUCUAGCCUCCCUUCUGCUUCAUAAGAAGUUUGCUGCAGAAUUUGUGGCACAUGGUGGAGUUCAAAAACUCCUGGAAGUUCCUCGCCCUUCAAUGGCAGCUACUGGUGUAUCUUUGUGUUUAUACUAUUUAGCGUAUAACCAGGAUGCAAUGGAGAGGGUUUGCAUGCUCCCUCACAGCAUAUUGGCAGAUGUGGUAGGCUACACCCUAUGGUUAUUGGAAUGCUCACAUGACUCUGGUGGCUGUCAUGCUACCAUGUUCUUUUCCAUUUCCUUUGCUUUUCGUGCUGUCCUUGAACUGUUCGACAAACAAGAUGGCCUUCGGCGACUCGUGAAUUUGAUAAGUACUCUGGAAAUCUUGAAUUUAGAGGAUCAAGGUGCAUUACUAAGUGAUGAUGAGAUCUUUUCUAGUCGGCAGACAGCUAAGCACACUUGCAUGGCCCUUAGAAGGUAUUUUGAAGCACAUUUGGCUGUUAAAGUAGAACAUGUUAAACAAACUCUACAGAGAACUGAAGGUGGAGCACCAAUUCAUCCUCAGCCUCACUAUAAGGCCUGUUCUUAUACACGGGAACAAGUUGUAGAAAUGAUGGAAUUUCUGAUAGAAUAUGGUCCAGCUCGUCUUUGCUGGGAGCCAGCUGAAGUAUUCCACAAACUUUCCUGUAUCCAGCUUAUGCUUCAGUUAAUUUCUAUAUCUUGUGACUGGAGAACAUAUUACGGACGGAGUGAUACUGUACGAUAUGCUCUUGAUGUACUUGCCAUCCUUACAGUAGUUCCCAAAACACAGCUCCUGUUAGCUGAACCUGUGGAUUUACUAGAUGAGAAUGGCUCAACUGUUUCAACAGUUGGAAUGAGUAUAAUCCUUGGAGUUGCAGAAGGAGAAGUAUUUGUGAAUGAUGCAGAAAUCCAGAAAUCAGCUCUUCAGGUUAUUAUUAAUUGUGUAUGUGCUCCAGAUAAACGCAUAUCAAGUAUUGGAAAGUUAGUUUUGGAUACUCCUAGGCGCAGACCUCACCAAAAUCCCAAAUGCUGUGAGAAUGUCCUGACCAAAAUGUGGAAUGUAGUUCAGUCUAACAAUGGCAUCAAAGUUCUUCUUUCUUUGCUAACUGUUAAGAUGCCAAUCACCGAUGCUGAUCAGAUUCGAGCCCUUGCCUGCAAAGCUUUGGUUGGACUGUCUCGGAGUAGUACUGUGAAACAAAUUAUUAGUAAGCUGCCACUCUUCAGCAGUGGUCAAAUACAGCAACUCAUGAGGGAACCUGUUCUACAGGACAAAAGGAAUGAGCAUGUGAAAUUUUGCAAAUAUGCAGCAGAAUUGAUCGAGAGAGUUUCUGGAAAGCCAUUGCUAAUUGGCACUGAUGUUUCACUUGCUCGACUUCAGAAGGCAGAUGUAGUAGCACAAUCACGUAUUUCAUUUUCUGAAAAGGAACUUCUGUUGCUAAUUAGAAAUCACCUUGUCUCCAAGGGACUACAUGACACUGCUGCAGCACUUACCAAAGAAGCUGAUCUCCCCAUGGCUUUAGUUUCUCAUUCCUCUUCUGCCUUUCUUCCUGUUGCAAGUUCUGCUGCUUCUGUUGUACUUCCACGUACGCCUCGCCUGGCAAACGGAGUCUCCCCCAGGAUAAGCAAUCACCCAUCUAUAUCCAAUGCUCCAUCUACUAGCCUUGGACAAGUCAGACCAUCAACUUCUCAGGUUCAGCCAAGUAUUUUGUUCCCACAGACUAAUGGGUCUCCACUGAUUGGCAAAAUAUGCUUUACCAGGGAAAGGCCAUCUCCUUGCAAUGGCAAAAAACUCAGAAUCAUGCGACAAAAGUCUGAUCAUGGAGCUUACAAUCAGAGUCCAGCAAUGAAAAAGCAGUUAGAUCGACAUCUUCCGUCUCCUCCUACAUUGGACAGUAUCAUCACAGAGUACCUGAGAGAGCAACAUGCUCGUUGUAAGAACCCAGUGACAACGUGCCCCCCAUUCUCUCUUUUUACCCCACACCAGUGCCCUGAGCCCAAGCAGAGAUGCCAGGCUCCAACUAACUUUACUUCUCGUCUCACACGUAGGGUUAUUUUUCCCAAGUAUGGUGGUGUGGAUGGCGGUUGCUUCAAUAGACAACUUGUUUUCAGCAGGUUUCGUCCAAUCUCUGUCUUUCGGGAGGCCGAUGAGGAUGAGAGUGGUUUUGUGUGUUGUGCAUUUUCAGCAAGAGAACGAUUUUUAAUGUUGGGAACAUGUAAUGGACAAUUGAAACUGUAUAAUGUCUUCACUGGUCAAGAGGAAGCCAGUUACAACUGUCAUAGUACUGCGAUCUCGCACCUUGAACCAUCUAGAGAUGGGUCAUUGCUGUUAACCUCAACCAACUGGAGAUUACCCCAUUCAGCCCUUUGGGGCAUGAAAUCUGUUUUUGACAUGAAGCACUCAUUUGUCGAAGAUCGUUAUGUAGAGUUUAGUAAACUUUCACAAGACCGAGUAAUUGGAACAAAAGACGAUAUUGCACAUAUUUAUGAUAUCCAGACUGGACAGAAUAUCCUUACACUUUACAACCCUGAUCUUUCAAACAAUUAUAAAAGGAACUGUGCCACCUUUAACCCCACUGAUGAUUUGGUAUUAAAUGAUGGAGUACUUUGGGAUGUUCGCGAUUCUCAGGCCAUUCACAAGUUUGAUAAAUUCAAUAUGAACAUCAGUGGAGUAUUUCACCCAAAUGGAUUGGAGAUAAUAAUUAAUACUGAAAUUUGGGAUAUGAGGACUUUUCACCUCCUACACACAGUUCCUGCUUUAGACCAGUGCAGGAUUGUCUUCAAUAAUAAUGGAACUGUUAUUUAUGGAGCAAUGCUGCAGGCUGAUGAUGAAGAUGACAUGAUUGAAGAGCGAAUGAAAAGUCCAUUUGGUUCCUCUUUUAGAACUUUUGAUGCCACAGAUUAUAAACCUAUAGCAACCAUUGAUGUAAAAAGAAAUAUAUUUGACUUGUGCACCGACACCAAAGACUGUUACUUGGCUGUUAUUGAGAAUCAGGACUCCCUAAACAUUGACACUGUGUGUCGCCUCUAUGAAGUAGGUAGACAGAGGCUUGCAGAAGAGGAAGAAGAAGAUGAUGAUCAGGAAGAUGAGGAUCAAGAUGAUGAUGAUGAUGACGAAGAUGAUUCUGACGAUGACCUUGAUGACUUGGAUACAGAAGCCUUGUUACCUGAGAUAGAUGAGAAUGAAAAUGGAGAUGAGGAAGAUGGAGAACAUGACUUUUCUCCAUCAGACGAUGAAGAGGUAUCCCGCCUAUUGCAGAGAGAAGCUGGUGAAGAGGAGGAGGAUGAUGAAGAGGAUGAUGACGACGACGAUGAUGAUGAUUCAGAUGAUGCUGAGGAAGAUGCUGAACUUAUUUUAGAAACAUCUGAUGCAGACAGUUCAGAUGACAACAGUGACUCAGAAGAUGAUAUCAUUUUGUCUCUAAAUGAGUGAAGAAGCAGAAGGCAGUCGACAAGGAGAUUCACACCAGAAGCCUUGCAAAUAGUAAUAAGAUUCCUGAAGAAACUUUGAGAAAUGAACAUAAAUUCGUUAUCUAAGUUGGACAAUUUACAGUUCUGUAAGCCCCAGGAGUCUUUGAGUCUCAAGGACCCUUUAAAUCUUUCAGGAUAGGGUGGAGCACUUGGUGCUUUGAUGCUUAAAGUUUUCCAAACUGUGGUUAAAGGGCAAGAGAUUUGUAUUAUAGAAUUUUGUAAAGAGUAUGAUAGUUUUAUAUAAAAUAUGUAUAACAUUUGGAAGCUUGGAAAAUUUACUAAAAUUGAAUGCACAAACCAUUUUGACCCAUGGAAUUUUUCACUUGUACAGGCGUUAUUUUCAAAAGAAGUGUAACACAGGAAGGCUAAGCCUAAUUUAACAGUAUAUGAAAAAAGUGGCUUAAUUAUUUUUGUUUGGCAGGCUCUCUUGAAUGAAUAUGAAUUUUUAUAUAGAAUUUAAAUAUAAUUCUCCAAUAGGAUGACCAUAAACCCCAGUGUGAAACAGUGCCGCUGUAAUUGUUUUGUGCCUACACUUUUAAGUUUUUAUCAUUCUUUGCCUCAGAACCUUGUAGGUAAUACAAUGAGAGAUAAUUGCUAUGCUAAAGAACACCAAGAUGCUUUUCAACUUAUGUUUUUGUUUCACAGAAGAGGUUGCUUUGUAAAAUUAACACAAAGAUUAACCAAUAAUUUAUAUAUGAAAUUCAGCUCUGCUGAAGAGUCAGAAAGUAGUUUAAUUUAUACCCAUAACAACUUGUGUUUUAAAUACCAGGUAUGUUCCCUCAUUUUCUGCUUAUUGUUAUAAAAAUAAAAAAGAUUAAAAGAAUUUUGGAACAUUUCAUAAUAAUUUAUAAUCUUGAAGAAGAAGAAAAAAAUAUGAAAUGGAUAUUACUCCCAUGUUUGUUUGAUUUUAACCAGUACUGUUAGAAGUCUAUCGCAAUGCUCUGUUUGUGGUCUAUUUCACAAUCUCAGAGACCUGAUGUUAGGGCUCCAGCAGAGGUCCAUUUCCACAGGGACAUAAAAUAGUUGUGUCUUCUGUAGCUCUUUUGCACUUAUUUAGUUUUGGGCCUUUCUUAUGCAACUUUAUUGCUUGUGGCUAGUGCUUACCUUUUUACCAGCAAAUGAGUAUCUACAUAUAUAUAUGGUUUAUUUGUUUUACAGUUUCUAAAUUCUAUAAACCAAACGUAAAUUGGGCCCAAGUCACAUUUAUUUAAAGGUUGAUAAGACAAGGAAUUUAUUGUACCACCUCCCAGGAUCAAUUGAGGAACGUGGUAGUAGUGAUAAUUGUCUAUAAACGAUAGCAUGAACAUUAUGAUUUAAUGCCCUUUAAUAUAAUAUUAAGAGUGCCAGUCAUAAACAUAUUAAAUAUUUGCAAAAAUAAAUUGCAGAAGCAGAAUUUACAGUAUUAAAUUAUAAACAAAGAUCAUACAGACUUUAUCUGCCUUUGAUUUGUGUAAGCUAAAACUAUUUUGUUUUUAUUAAUAUGUAUACUGGCAAAAUGUGCCUAGAACUGGACUGGUUUUAUUUGUUUACUUUUUUCUAAGAAUUGUUUUCUUUUAGAGUUAUUAAGGGCAUUGAUUGCUUUUGUUCUGUUUGUAUAGAUACAGUAUGUUUUGUCAUUUCUGAAAUAAAUCUGAUGUACAUGGGUGACUGCCAAAAAAGACCCUUUUGGGUUCAUAAUAUUCUAUAAUUGGUAAAUAUUGUAAGCAGCCUGUCUACUUUACCUCAGGUAUUGUUACAUUAUAGUUUAUUAUUUGCCUUAAGAUGAUAUCUGUUAAAGCAGACAUUUUUCAAAUUUUUUGCACAAUUUCUUUUAUUUUACAGUUUAGUAGUGUUCAUGUGGAUUUCAGCAUUCAAGUGUUUAAAUCUUUCCACUUUAUUUCUCAAGAUAUGCAUCUUUAAAGUAGACUGGGGCACAUAAUUAUUAUGAGUUGAUCAGCUUUGUGUUAUUUCAUGAAAGUGUUAUGCAAGAUAAUCUUCCAAAGGUCUUAAUAAUCUAUAGUACCAUAAAAAUGUUAGGAAUUUUCAAAAUGUAUUACUGAAAAGCAGUGUUAACCUUUGAUAGUAAGCAGUUGGUUAGAAAUACUGUAACUUAAUUUACACUGUGGGUUUGUGUCUGUAUGAAAGCAGCAAAUUUGGAAAUACUAGCUAAAAACUGAGUAGCUGAAAUUGCACUUCCAGAAAAGACUUGCAGUUUUACUACCAAGAAAAAAAAUUCUAGAUCAUAUCCCUUUGUUUUUGAAAAAUACUUUCAUAAGUAUAUUUUUUUUUCUGUGCAAUCAAGAGUUUAUUUUAUAUGCAUUAAUAUAACAGAUGGAUGCAGCUGCUUUGUAUAAUCCCUCUGUUUUAGUGCAAAUCAAUGUUUGGCCCAGGUGUAAUUAAGCAGAGCCUUGUAAUAUAAUCAUUUUUAAUUGUUUUUCCUUUUUUCUAGGAGUUUUUGGCAUUUUUUGCAUUGAGUUAUUACACAUACUUCCUUGAGCCACAAAUAAAAAAAAAAAAAAAAAACAACCUGUAAAGAUCCUCAAAUGCCAUGUACAGAAUGUAGCUAAAAUAUUUUUAAUACAAAAGAUGAAAAUAAAUUCUUAUGCAGUA